AUGGGGGAUGUCAUCAGUAAAGCUGCAGAUGGGGUCGGUGGUCUACUUGAGAAGGCGUUCUUGGCUCCAUUUAAGACUAUGUUUGGUGGCUCAUGCGAGGAUGUGUGUUCAGGACCCUGGGAUUUCGGUUGCUUUAUUGAGCAUCUAUGUGUCUCCAGUCUGUUGAAACUGUUAAUGAUCUUGGUCCUCUGCUACAUAACUUUAUUAUUCUUCUAUCUAUUAUUUAAACUGGGGUUAUUCCAAUGCAUUGGAAAAAGCCUCUGUAAGAUGUGUUGGGCUGCAUGUGAGACAUACUGGUAUGCACUAGAAGAUAUUACUUGUUUCUUGUGUUACAAACUAAAGAACACUAAGAGGGUAAACCGCCGUCGUCACCGUCAUCGCCGUCGCAGCCAAUUUCGAGACAUUGAGCAAGGAUACAGUUCAAGCGAGGAAAAUGAUUUGUGGGAUAACUAUCAUGAGUUAAAUGUCAGCAGAAAGCGGAAGUCACUCAGCAGGAGAAGAAAGCAUAAGCCGCAGAGCUCUGUUUACCCAUCACGUAGGCACGGCACUCGUAGUCACUACCAUGUAAGGUUAAAGUCUAGGGGAAGAUCUGUGCGCAUUGUGGGCAGAUCUCAAAGGCCAAGAAGCUCGAGACAUCUUCGAUUAAGAAAAGUGAGAAAUGUUCGAAGGCAAGCCAGAACAUCAAAGAGGAGGAAACUUAGGUGA